AUGAUUCCAUAUGUUCAUCUAGCCAACAAACUAGCUGAGAAAGGUCACCUGGUAACUUUCUUGCUUCCCAAGAAAGCCAAGAUACAACUCGAACCUCUCAGUCUGUUCCCGGACAGCAUUGUCUUCGACCCUCUUACUGUUCCUCAUGUUGAUGGUCUCCCUGUUGGCGCAGAGACAACCGCGGAUGUCCCAAACCCUUCUGGGAAUUACAUGUCCGAUGCCAUGGCACUCUUGCGCGGUGACAUCGAAGCAAAGGUUCGUGCUUUGAAACCAGACGUUAUUUUCUUCGAUUUUGCUGACUGGGUUCCAGAGAUGGCGAAAGAGUUUGGAGUCAAGAGUGUGAAUUACCAUCGUAUCCGCAGUUUCUGUUGCUAUGGCUCUUGCUCCUGGCGCUGA